CAUUCAAAGAGGAAUAAGAAGGACCAGGUCUUUCAGGACCCGCGUGCUAUAGAGUCUGCAUUUUCCCGGCUGCACACAUUCCUCCUGACUAUCGCCCAGUUAUUCCACAAGCCUCCACCUUCACUUUGCCUCCCGGAACCAGGGCUCAGCGUGGCCUCCAGCUCAGACUAGAGCCCCAUGGAUCCGCUGCAGACAUGGGAUCCAAUGUCGGUUUCCAUGCCCUCCCGCAUGGCCACUGUGACACGCUCCCAGGAGUCCUCAGCAGGCUCUCAGCCUUCCUCCUCAGAAAAGCUAAGCAUGGGCCUCAGUGGCCUGAGCCUCUGCCGCAGCUCUGGCUCAGUGGCCUCUGCUCCUCUGUCAGAGGGCCUGCUCCAGCAACAGGCCCGAGAGAAGAAGGCCCUGUGGCAGCAAUACUGGGAAAAGCAGGGCUUUCCUCAGAGGAAGAAAGUCUUCCUGAGACACUCGAGACGCUGGCACCGGGAUCACAUGGCACCUUACCUGCUUGAAAGGGUUGUCAGAGGCUCUCCCUCAGGUGACAGAGCUCAGAAUCAGCUCCAGUGCCAGGGCCACGUGCCGAACAUUGCUGGGUUGACUGGAGACAGGAACAAGGCUCCCAACCCUCCCUCCUGGGAGACGCUGGUACAGGGCCUCAGUGGCCUCACCCUCAGCCUGGGAGCCAACAGACUGAGCCCCCUGCCCGACGGGGAUGGGGAGCAGCAGGAGCCAGAGCAGAUGCUCCAGCUGGAGAGGCAGCAGGAAAGCAUGAGGAUGUUCCAGAGGAUGCUGAAAUAGAGGAUGGAGGAAGGCUGCGGAGUUGGCUCCCAGAGGAUGGAGGUGAAGACGGAUUCAGACAGUGCAGCACAGCCAGCUCAGGGGCCCAGACCCUUCUGAGAUCAAGGCAGUCAGCUGCCUUUGGAUGAGUCUCAACACUUGUUGUCCUAGGAAAGGCUUCAACUUUCCUGUUUAUGCCUUUAAGCAUGCCUUUGUGGGUAUGGUGGUGUGUGUU